AUGACAGUCAUCAUCGCUUCUCUUUUCCUCCCCUACACCAUCGACUUCAAGGACACAGAAUCGAGAAAUGGGCGCCGCAAGUCCUCGGUCAGCUAUUCCGUUGACGAGCCCACCGCAGAGAAUCUGGCAGACGCCCACUACCGGCCUCGUCUGCGAUCCGGCAGCCAGUCGUUGACCCCCGGCGCGACGACGGAAGACGAGAAAAUCUUCAAAGCAUACGCCUCGCGGUCCGCUGGAGAAAUCCAAUCUGCCGAUGACCCCAAUGGACCUGGUCCCAGCGAGCCCCGGGCCGUCUGCUGGGGCCAAAGCCGCAAGUUCAACCAACCCCAGUCAAAGGCGACUACGCAUCCCGAACCAUCCAUCUUGAGUCGCCCGAACUCGCAGCAGGAUUUGACGAGGGAGGGGUCGCCGAGUCGGCCAGAUGCCGAGAGCCAGGGCAGUCCCAGCGCCUUGCUUUCGGCCGUGGACUGGGUGGUCAAGGCUGCGGAGCAGGGCCAUGGAGGCUUGCAGAAUGCAAUCUAUGCUGCUGAGGAGGCGGGCAUGCUUGCAGACAAGAUGUGGGUGGGCACGCUCGGCAUGCCGACUGACUCCUUGACCGAUCAGAUCCAGACGGUCAUCGCCGAGACCCUCAAGGAUCAGUAUGAAUCCCUGACCGUGUUCGUGGAUGACAGCGAGUUCGAAGGGCAUUAUGCCCAUUUCUGUCGCGCAGUGCUCUGGCCUGCGCUCCACUAUCAGAUGCAAGAGAGCCCGCGUCAUACUGAGUAUGACGAUUAUUCCUGGAAGCAAUAUCUCAAGGUCAACGAAGCGUUUGCCAACGCCAUUGCCAUCUACUGGCGACCCGACGACCGGAUCUGGGUUCAUGACUACCACCUCCUGGCCCUGCCCUCCCUACUGAGGAAAAGACUGCCGCGCGCAGAGAUCGGGUUCUUCAUGCAUGCUGCGUUUCCCUCAUCGGAGGUGUUCCGCUGCUUGAAUUCACGGGAGUCCCUACUGGAUGGGCUUCUUGGUGCAGACCUUGUGGGCUUCCAGACAGAAGAGUACUGUCAUCACUUUCUUCAUACAUGCAGCCGGCUUCGGAGACUCGAGGUUUCGGUCGAUGGAGUUCAGGUCAACGAUCGGUUUGUUCAUGUCAAACCGUUUCCUCUGGGGGUCGACUACAGGGCCCUCAACGCGCUGCGCCGGUCUGUGGAGGUCAAAAACUGGAUCACCAAUAUCAGCGAAAGAUACCAAGGAAAACAUCUAAUUGUGGCCCGCGAUCGACUGGACGCACCAGGAGGAAUCAAGCAAAAGUUUCUGGCUUACGAACUUUUUCUGGACAGCUACCCCAAAUGGAGAGAGAAUGUGGUCCUAGUCCAAGUGGCAUCGUCCGCAUCAGAGAUCCCAGAAUUAGAAGCCCAAGUUUCCAAGAUCGCCAUGAGGAUCAAUUCAAUCUACUCGACCCUGACACACCAACCGCUAGUCCUUCUUCGCCAGGACAUCAGCUACUCCCAAUUCCUCGCGUUGCUGAGCGUUGCCGAUAUCUUCAUGGCCACCAAUCUCCGCGAGGGCAUGAAUCUCACCAGCCACGACUUCAUCCACUGUCAAGACGGCGAGCUAGCCUCGCAGCGACACGGGUCCCUGAUCCUCAGCGAGUUCGUCGGCAGUGCAUCCAUCUUCCACGGCCACGAGCUGCUGGUCAACCCAUGGGACUAUAAGCAGUGCGCCGACGCCAUCAACACCGCGCUCGGGAUGUCUCCAGAGCAAAAGCAGCGCAACUGGCAAUUCCUCCUGACCCGCAAAUCCCCCCUACACCGCGCUGGCCUGGCACGCAUCCUUGCAGAGCGCGCUCUCCAAAGCACACAACCAGCAGCACUCCCGCGAAACGCACCAGACGGCGCCCUCCUCGGCGCAGACGAAUCCAUCCCUUCCAACGAAGCCAUCGCCACCCUCCACGGCCUAGCAAACAACCCGGCAAACACAAUCUACCUCACCAGCCACCGCAGCCAAGACCAGCUCCAGGAAACAGCAAAGCACCUCCUCCCACAGGGAAUCGGACUCAUCGCCGAGAACGGCUGUUUCAUCCAGACAAGUGGGCACCCGGAAGCCUGGGAAGCCCUCGUGAACGUCGAGCACGCGCGCACCUGGCGCACGGGAAUCCGCAAGGUGAUGGAGUACUUCUCCGAGCGCACCGAAGGCAGCCGCAUCGAGGAGCGGCGUUGCUCGCUAACCUUCCACUACGACGGCGCGGUCGACCGCGCCGUCGCCGCGCGCCAGGCCUCCGAGCUGGCGGACCAGAUCAACGGCGCCUGCGGCAGCGAGCCGAUCCGCGUUGUGCGCGAUAUCGCGGCUGUUAGCGUCGAGCCGCUGCAUGCGUCCAAGGCUGCUGCCGCUGCUGUAUUGCUUGAUCGUUGGCCUGGGACAUCAUCGUCCCCGGACUUUGUGUUUGUUGCUGGCGGUGCGCGAGGCGACGAGGCGCUGUUUCGCUGGGCGAAUUCCUUGGCUGCUGCUUCUCGACACCAGAUGCAUCAGGACCGGUCUCGGUCAGCGCUGGAGAUGGCUAUGGCGACUCUCACGGUGGGCUCGCAUGCCACCGAGGCGCGGGCUGUCUUGCCGCCUGAUAGCUCUUUAUUGGAUGUUCUACGGAUGUUGUCGGGGUCUGAGAAUGAGCCUGAGCAUCCAGAGGGUUGA